UGGUCAGACUGGCUGGACUACAGCUACCCCACGUCGGGGCCCUCUGGCGGGGACUUGGAGACCUACUCCAACAUCCGCGUGGCUGGAGGGGCCGUCUGUGAGCAGCCCCUGGGCCUCGAGUGCCGCUCCCAGGCCCAGCCUGGUGUCCCCCUGCAGGAGUUGGGCCAGGUUGUAGAAUGCAGCCUGGACGUCGGCCUGGUCUGCAGGAACCGUCAGCAGGUGGGGAAGUUCAAGAUGUGCUUCAACUAUGAAAUCCGUGUGUUCUGCUGCAACUACAGCCGCUGCCCUAGCACCCCAGCCACCAGCUCCACGGCCACCCCCUCCUCCACCCCAGGGACCACCUGGAUCCUCACAGAGCCAACCACAACAUUGACCACGACUGUGGCCACCGGCUCCACAGUCACCCCGUCCUCCACCCCAGCCACUGCUGCCACCUCAGAAUUGCUGACCAUGACAGCCACGAAACCCACAGCCACUGGCUCCAAAGCCACUCCCUCCACCAGUCCAGGGACUGCAUCCACCCUUCCAGUUGUGCUGACAAGCACAGCCACCACACCCACAGCUACCAGCUUUACAGCCAUCCCGUCCUCCUCCCUGAGAACCACUUGGAACCUCACAGCACAGACCACCGCACCAACGGCCACCCUGUCCACAGCCCACGCCUCCUCCACUCCAAGGACCACCCACACCUCCACAGCACUAACCACCACGGCCACCAAGACCCAGGCCACUGGCUCCACGGCCACCCUCCUCACCUCAGGAACAGCUCACACCUCUAAAGUGCUGACCACCAUGGCCAUCACCACAAGCUCCACAGUCACCCCCUCCUCCAGCCCAGGGACUGCAAGCACCCUUACAGCACUUAUCACCACAAACACCACACCCACAACCAGCGGCUACACAGUGACCCCCUCCUCUAUCCCGGGGACCACCCACACCCCCACAGUGCUGAGCAACACCACCACAACUGUGGCCACUGGCUCUACGGCAACACCCUCCUCUAGCCCACAGACCGCUGGUACUCCCCCAGCACUGGCCACCACGGUCACGACAAUCACAGCCACAGGCUCCACCACCACCCCCUCCUCCGCUCCAGGGACAACGCCCAUCUCCCCAGUGCUGACUACCACGGCCACCACACCUGCAGCCACCAGCACCACAGUGGCUCCCUCUUCUGCCCUAGGGACCACCCAUACACCCCCAGUGCUGUCCACCAUGGCCACCACACAUGGGCGAUCCCAGCUUCCCGAGAGUCCCCGCACGGUACCCACAGCCUGGACUUCCAUGGCCCCCUCGGGCACCACCCACAUCACAGAGCCACCCACGGUGACUUCCCACACCCCAGCAGGAACCACCGGUACCACCCCACCCUCGACUCCAGCCCUGUCCAGCCCUCACACUCACAGCAGAACCACUGAGUCACCCCCUUCUCCAGGGAAGACCACCCCGGGCCUCACCACGGCCACCUCCAGGACCACGGCCACGGCCACACCCAGCGAGACCCGCACCUCGACCCUGCUGCCCAGCAGCCCCACAUCGGUCCCCACAACCCCGGUGGUGUCCACGGGCUGUGAGCCCCAGUGUGCCUGGUCAGACUGGCUGGACUACAGCUACCCCACGUCGGGGCCCUCUGGCGGGGACUUGGAGACCUACUCCAACAUCCGCGUGGCUGGAGGGGCCGUCUGUGAGCAGCCCCUGGGCCUCGAGUGCCGCUCCCAGGCCCAGCCUGGUGUCCCCCUGCAGGAGUUGGGCCAGGUUGUAGAAUGCAGCCUGGACGUCGGCCUGGUCUGC